GUGCUGCAGUGACAAGCAGAGAAAGCCAAAGGCGCACACACCCACCAGCCGAGAGCAAGACUGCAUUAUUCCACGGAUCCGCUCCCACUACGCUCUUCUGGGGUACGACACACACACUCACACAGCUCACACAGAAACUUGUAGGAAGGUCCCACGUUUACAGGCUGCAGGCAGGAGUGUCCUUCCCUUCAGAGCCACUGACUCAUCCCUUCAACUGAGCCAUAGCUACCAUGGAAACCCCGAGCCAAAAACGCACCAUCCGUGGUGCCACCUCCACCCUCUCCCCGGCCCGCAUCACCAGGCUGCAGGAGAAGGAGGACCUGUGCAACCUCAACGACCGGCUGGCGGUGUACAUCGACAAGGUGCGCUCCCUAGAGUCGGAGAAUGCCGGGCUCCGGCUGCGCAUCUCAGAGUCCGAAUCCAUGGUCACCCGGGACCUGUCGGGCAUGAAGACGGCCUACGAGACGGAGCUGGCCGACGCCCGCAAGACCCUGGACCAGGUAGCCAAGGAGAGGGCACGCCUGCAGCUGGAGCUGGGCAAGAUCAGGGAGGAGCACAAGGAGCUGAAAGCCAGGAACACGAAGAAGGAGUCUGACCUGGAGGCAGCUCAGGCCAGGCUGAGGGACCUGGAGGCUUUGCUCAACGCCAAAGACGCUGCCCUCACCACUGCCUUGGGGGAGAAGCGGGCCCUAGAGGCUGAGGUGAAGGACCUGAAGGCCCAGGCAGCCAAGCUGGACAUUAACUUGGCUGAUGCUAAGAAGCAGCUGCAGGACGAGAUGCUGAGGAGAGUGGACGCUGAGAAUCGCCUGCAGACUCUGAAGGAGGAGCUGGAGUUCCAGAAGAACAUCUACAAUGAGGAGCUGCGCGAGUCCAAGAGGCGACACGAGUCGCGCAUGGUGGAGAUCGACAGCGGGCGGCAGCUGGAGUUUGAGAGCAAACUGGCGGAGGCUCUGGUCGAGCUGAGAGCCCAGCACGAGGACCAGGUCCGCCUCUACAAGGACGAACUCGAGAAGACCUACAACUCAAAGCUGGAAAAUGCCCGUCAUUCGGCCGAGAGAAACAGCAGCCUGGUUGGAGCGGCCCAUGAGGAGCUGCAGCAGACCCGCAUUCGUCUGGAGAGCAUGUCGGGCCAGCUGAGCCAGCUGCAGAAACAGCUGACAGCGAGCGAGGCCAGAGUGCGGGAGCUGGAGGAGGCCAUGUCGCGGGAGCGCGACCUGAUGAGGCGCCGUCUGGAAGACAAAGACCGGGACAUGGCGGAGAUCCGAGCCCGGAUGCAGCAGCAGCUGGAUGAGUAUCAGGAGCUGCUGGACAUCAAACUGGCCCUGGACAUGGAGAUUAAUGCUUACAGGAAGCUGCUGGAGGGAGAGGAGGAGAGGCUGCGGCUGUCACCCAGCCCCCCACCCACAAAGGUCACAGUGACGCGGAGCUCUGGCUCCGGCCACGGUCACACAACCCGUCUGCUUCAGAUCUCCGGUGCAGCCUCCAGCAGCCGCAACUCCUCCGGCGCCAGCAGCUACAAGAAGCGGCGCCUCAACGACAACGACAGCGAGACCUCCAGCAUGGUGGGAGGCACCGUGACCAAGACCCGCAUCAGUCAGCAGGCGAGCGCCAGCGGCCGCAUCACGGUGGACGAGGUGGACCUGGAGGGGAAGUACAUCCGUCUGAGCAACAAGUCUGACGAGGACCAGUCGCUGAGCAACUGGCAGGUGAAGCGACAGGUUGGGAGCAGCACCCCCAUCCUCUACAAGUUCCCCUCCAAGUUCAUCCUGAAGGCUGGAGGAACCGUGACUAUCUGGGCUUCGUCCGGCGGUGGAACCCACAACCCUCCCUCUGACCUGGUGUGGAAGGGCCAGAACUCCUGGGGCACCGGCGACCUCCUGCAGACCUCCCUCAUCAACGCCAGCGGAGAGGAAAUGGCCAUGAGGAAAGUGACGCGCACUCUGUUCCAGGACGAUGAAGACGAUGACAUGGGAGCUCACAGCACGAGCUGCACGGAGAACGAGUACAACCUGCGUAGCCGCACGGUGAUCUGCGACUCCUGCGGGCAGUCGUCGGACCGCAGCGGCGGCGUGCCUGAAGGCCUCAUCGGACAUUCCUCCUUCGUUGGCUCCAACGAUCCCAGACAGGGUCGCAUGAAGCCAGAGAACUGCACCAUCAUGUAAAAGCCAGACCUCACCUGAACACACCACCUCCUGCAGUCUGUUGAAGAGACAGUUUCCUGCUGUGGGGAUGUUUUUUUUUUUUGUUUUUUUUUUAUAUGACUUGUGGAUUUUUUGUAUUCAGGUUAAUCUGCAGGUUAGAUUUGCUUCCAGGUUUCUAGCGAAUGGUGCAGAAUUUUCAUUUGGCUUUCGUAUAUUCAAGUUAUGUUACUGCAUGUCUGCUGUGCUCAAGCUUGUACUGUACUCUGCUCACACACACACACACUGACCAGUGCUUGCGCUUCGAUCCGAGCCGGGGUUUCACAUUUAAUGGCCAGGCUGUCAACAGUCAACACGCACAGCUGCUGAACCCUGACAGGACCGGGAGGAAACUGCUCGUUAACGGUGUUGUCGCCAUCAGACGGAUCCAGUCUUCAUUUAAAGACGUGUUUACGCUUCACGUUUGUUUGCCUCCUUUUCCGAACAGUAUUUCGCUGCGUUUAGAAGCAACAAAGCCAAAGAACUGUAAGCUCAGGUUUUUAAACAAACAUGUUUUCUGUGUUAAAAUGUCUUCAGCAGGCAGCUGUGAUGCACUCAAUCAUUUUCACCAUCCACAGAUUUCCCUGCAGAGACACUAGAUUAGUUUUUUAGCACCUACAGAAAUGAUUUGCUGGAUAAGUUGAAUGAACCAAAUUGUAAAAAGAUGCUCUAUCAUUCUAAGAUUUCAUAAAGUUGGUUUUCUACCUACAGGCUCAUCAGGACUGUAUUUUGAGUCCUUGUUGAUGGAUUUGGUGUCAUAUAUAGAGUAUAUAUUUGUAGUAACACUAUUAUAAAAGAGCUGUUGUGCAGCUUUUUUUUUCCACAUUGAAAAUGCAAACGUGCCUUCAGAGGAAAGAAAAGAGCAUCAAGUGUCUUUUCUCAGCUCACAUGCUUCAUGCCGCCGUCUUGUGACCGUCAGCCGUGCUCUUUGAUGCGCGUUACCCCUAAAAACCAGUCAUAAGAGCUUUUUCUUCUCUUUCAUUCCCGCUAAGCUUCGUAAACCUCUGGGCGUGAUUUCUGGGAUCAUAAUGGGAUUAAGGGGUCUGUUUGACUUUGUGACUUCAUGCACUGCUUUUUCUGCACAGCAGGUAGAUUUGUGCUGUAGUCCUGCAGCUUAAGUCAUUUAUACUUCAGCGGAAAGCUUAUCAAAGCAUUUAUGGAAAAUACUUGAUGGCUGUAGGUUUUUUUUCUUACCAUGCCUUGGUGUUUCUGCCGAGUUAUAUUUUGUUUUGCCUUCAAAAGUUUUGUCGCUAUUAUCCCCAAAGUGCCUUCAGAAGUCCAGCAAGCAGACAAAUGACCUUUGUUUAGCUUCCAUGAUGCAGAAUUUAAAUGUAAUUGCGAGCUAAAUCCUCCCUCUCUCCACCAAAAUGUGUUCACACCUUUGCAGGAGCCUUUCUGACUCAUUUUGGAUUUAUUCCUGUACAACGUUUUCACAUUUUGACCUCAUCCAUAGGUCUUUUCUAAACUCCUGAAUCCUCCUUGUUCAGGUCUCCUGAAUCAUCUGAAGGUCUCAAGGAUUUGAAAUAUUAUCCAAAGCUGUUAAUGCUAAAGUUGUGCUGUCCUUAAAGUGGGAUUUUUUACAUCACAGUGCUGUAAACAUGGAGAAGCUAUGGAUGGAGUGGAUGUAAUUAUUGUUUUCUUUUCUAAAAUGAUGCCGAGUAAAGCCUAUUUUCUUUUCCACUGA